GCGGCAGGACAUCCUGAAGCUUUUCAGUGAGGGGGGCCAGGCAUUGCUGCGCAGGGGGGCGGCGGCCCUCGACCGCCCUUCCCAGGGCGUCGUCGCCAGCCGCGCGGAUACCCAGGCCAAUGGGUUGGCGGCCCAAAAUGUCACCGUCAGGCAGUCAGCGUGGAGGCACUGGGCCGAAGGCGCCAUGCUGAACGGGGCGGGGCAGGGGCACGCGCGCGCCAAGGGGCGCCGGCCGCUGGAGACGUUGCGCCACACCCCUGAGGCGCAGCCCUGCGAGGUGGCGGGCGGCGAGCUCGACAAGUGGAAGGACAUCUUGCAAACGAGCCGGCAGGGCCACAUGGCGAUGCCGCCGCAGGGGGGCACUGCCACCUACCCCGCGCGGACCGCUUCUGGGCACGCGAAGCUGCUGCCGAGGGCGCUGCGGCGCAUGUCUGGCGACGCCCUGCAGACCCUCGGCGAGGUGCCCGUGCAGGCAGAGCAGCUUGGGAGCUGGCCAUCCCGCAGAAUCGCGCGCCAGCUGGCUCGCGCCCCCAAGGUAGACGGCCGGGCCAGGGUCAUCGGCCUCCAGAACAAGAUCAGCGGCGCGUGGGGCCGAGCUCGCAAGACGGCGCCAGAUCAGUGGCUGCGCGAGC